GCGGAGAGGUAGAUGUCGCCUGUCACAUGGAACAUUUGUAGCAACGCGUGAGAGAACUUGCAACAUCCACAAGGGCCCCUUUACUACAUCUAGCCAACAUCAUGAACACGCAGUCGGAAAAGAGGCGUAAACGGCCCGGGUCCACGCUUGCAAAAAUGUUCGGUGCUGGAAUAUGGGGUUCUCGGAGCGUACAUGCGGGAGCGACCAGCACUCCUAUGCUCAACGGCAGCGCAGAUAUCUCGGCCAUGUCUCGCUCUGCUCCACAUUCUGCAGGAACGUCCCAGGCUCUUGCCAAGGCCUCGAUAUUCCUGGAUACUUUGCCCAAAUGCAGUGCUGUCAACAUGUCACAGCAGCGGGCCCUAGACCGAUACCUUGCAGCUAUCGAGAGACAAGAAAUCCACAGGAUCGAGAGCCAUGAGGCAAGCGAGUUCAAACCGGCCGAAGAGACGUGGCAGCUCAUUUCCCGUGCCGUCUUACGAGCGCAAAGGAUAUAUUCCGACGUGCCUUACUCGCCGCACGACACACUUCUAAAUCCCUCCAGCUACUCCAAAAAGACAACCAUAUCCGACGAUGAGCUUCCCAACGGAAAUCAUGCCAUUGUCGUGACAGUGCGCGGGUCGGCGAGGUUUAAGGAUUGGCUGGUUAACCUCAACGAGGCUCCAGUGAUGGAACAUGAAUCACUCCAACCGCCUCAGCAAUGCCACAGGGGCUUUCUUGCUGUGGCAAAAGACAUGCAAGGAAACGUUCUGAAGGCGAUUGUCGAGAAGCUUGACGGAAUGGCCAACGCUGGAAGACCCGUCGACCUGCUCUUCACAGGCCACUCCGCCGGAGGCGCGAUUGCGAAGCUUUUCUAUGCCAUGAGCUCAUCUCCUGGCGGUUUGUUCUCCAGCGUCAUACCAAGAUUCCGCCAUGUCCACUGUAUCGUAUUUGGUGCACCGCCGGUUGUCGCCUCUCCGAUCUUAAAGCCCCGGUCUCCACAUUUUCAAUCCGGCUUGUUUCUGAACGUGGUCAACGAGAGAGACCCAAUCCCCCUCGCCCAGCAGGAGUAUAUUCACCUCUUGCUAAAUUGUUUCUCUAGGGCCCAGGAGUCUAAGGAGCCCUCCACCGAAAGUCUUCGGGCCCCUAAGCCCAUUCUGCGCGUCAGUGGAACCUGCAUUGUCCUGAUGGAUGUCUGUGGGGAGACUGGACAAACUGAAUGGAGGGCUGUGGAAGUUGCGCCGGAGGUGUUGGAAACGAAAUUGUUUGGAGACCCAACGAUGCACGAUGCCGGCAAUUACGUGGCAAGGAUCGAUGCCGCGCGUCUAGCGGGCCACCUUGAGGUCCGAAAGUAAUCAAAAUGCCAAGAGAUCUUGUUCGUGUCUCUGAGCGAUAGAAGUCAAUCUGUGGCACGAGCUGCCUGUCCAUGGUGGCCAUGUGCCUCAACCAGAGAGGGCUUGGAGUCUUGGACUUAUACUUUUUCCGUUUUUUCCGUAGUGUCUCGGCCCCCUCGGUGAGAGGGCCACGGGCAGGCAUUCCAUUCUUAUUCAGCGC